CGCGCUCUGCGCCCCCUUCUCUUUCUGCCUCGGGUCGGGGGAGGCUCGGAGGGCUUCCAGACUGGGAACUGAUAUGGCGGCGACUCUGGGCAGCGGGGAGCGCUGGACGGAAGCUUAUAUUGAUGCAGUUAGAAGAAACAAAUACCCAGAAGACAGAACUCCUGAGAGUCCUGACCCAUGUGGUUGUUGUAAUUGCAUGAAGGCACAAAAGGAAAAGAAGCCUGAGAAUGAGCGGAAUCAGACCCGGCAGGGCGAGGGGAGCUCCGCUUACAGUGAGGAACAGCUGCUUGGGGUUCAAAGAAUCAAGAAAUGCAGAAAUUACUAUGAAAUCUUGGGAGUUUCUCAAAACGCCAGUGACGAAGAGCUUAAGAAAGCUUACAGAAAACUCGCCCUGAAAUUUCACCCUGACAAGAACUGUGCUCCUGGAGCAACAGAGGCUUUCAAAGCGAUAGGAAAUGCUUUUGCAGUCCUGAGCAAUCCUGACAAGAGACGCCGCUAUGAUGAAUACGGAGACGAACAGAUGACUUUCACUGCCCCUCGAGCCAGAUCCUAUAGUUAUUACAGGGACUUUGAAGCUGACAUUACUCCAGAAGAGCUAUUCAAUGUCUUCUUUGGAGGACAUUUUCCUACAGGAAAUAUUCAUAUGUUUUCAAACAUGACAGAUGACACACACUAUUACCAUCGGCACAACCGCCAUGAGAGGACACAGCCACGGAUGGAAGAGGAAGAAGAUAAACCUCAGACUACGUAUUCUGCAUUUAUUCAGCUACUUCCAGUUCUUGUGAUUGUGAUUAUAUCUGUCAUUACUCAGCUGCUGGCUACCAAUCCCCCGUAUAGUCUAUUCUAUAAAUCGACCUUGGGCUACACCAUUUCUAGAGAAACUCAGAACCUGCAGGUGCCUUACUUUGUGGAUAAACACUUUGACAAGGCCUACAGAGGAGCUUCUCUGCGUGACCUAGAGAAGACAAUAGAGAAGGAUUACAUCGAUUACAUCCAGACGAGUUGUUGGAAAGAGAAACAGCAAAAGUCAGAGCUGACGAACUUGGCAGGAUUAUACAGAGAUGAGCGACUGAAACAGAAAGCAGAGUCGCUGAAACUUGAGAACUGUGGAAAACUUUCCAAACUCAUUGGCCUGCGCAGAGGUGGCUGAGAGGACCAUGGUUCUCUGCAGAGUUGGGGUUUUGCUACCUGUUCCUGUUUAUGUUCCUAAUUCAUUUGAUAAUACAAAAUUAGGAAGUGAUGAACA